AUAAUCAUUUAAUUUUUAUGAGUGAUUUGAGUGGUUCACCAAUUUUGGAAAGUAUGGACGAGAGGAAAGACAAUAUUAUACCGAUCGAGGACAGGGAUUACAACAAUCAUGAAUCGGAUUCUGGCACUAAUUGCUGUGCAUUAGUGCUUAAAAUAUUGUCAAUAUUCCUGAUACUCAUAACAUUUCCCAUUUCACUAUUCAUGUGCAUUAAAGUAGUGAAAGAGUAUGAGAGGGCUAUUAUUUUCCGGUUGGGACGUCUAGGAGGUGCUAAAGGACCUGGAUUAUUCUUUAUUAUACCGUGCAUGGACAACUACCGGUGCAUUGAUAUCAGGCAAAUAAUUAAUAUACAUAUUUUGCACGAGACCAUCUCAUUCAAUGUUCCGCCGCAACAGAUCCUAUCGAAAGACUCGGUGACAGUGACUGUGGAUGCGGUCGUCUACUACCGGGUGUUCAACCCAACCAUCACUGUCUGUAAUGUCGAGAACUAUACCUAUUCUACACAACUAUUGGCCGCCACUUCUCUCCGCAAUAUUUUGGGCACCAAAUCGUUGGCAGACAUGCUGUCGGACAGGGAGUCCAUAUCGCGUACACUACAGACGGUGCUGGACGAGGGCACCCAUCCGUGGGGUGUCAAAGUGGAACGGGUUGAGAUAAAAGACGUCCACCUGCCCGUCCAAAUGCAGAGGGCUAUGGCUGCUGAGGCUGAGGCCAGUAGGGAUGCCAGGGCUAAGGUGAUCGCCGCAGAGGGCGAACAGAGGGCCUCCCGGGCCCUGAAGGAGGCGGCGGAUGUGAUCGCCUCAGAGGGCGAACAGAGGGCCUCCCGGGCCCUGAAGGAGGCGGCGGAUGUGAUCAGUGAGUCUCCAUCGGCUCUACAGCUCCGGUAUUUGCAGACAUUGGCCACAAUUGCCACCGAAAAGAACUCUACGAUUGUCUUUCCC